AUGAGUGAUAGAUGGCUCCAGUUAAAUCUCAAGAACAAAUGUGAUAAUAAUGCCUGUAGUUGUUCAGGUAAUAAACCAGGUGGGUUAGAUUCUAAAAGAGAGACUCGUAUUGAGUCAAUCACUGGUUUUGUUCAAUACACUCAUAAAUAUAAAGAAGGAUUUAAGCUACUUCCUAAUUUAGGUGAUGGUGAGAGAUUGGAACUUCAGCAGAACCACCAAGAAAUUAAAGAGGUAACUGAAGUCUCAGUAUACUACUGGGACAAAGAUAAGGAUUGCAACACUCCACUUCUUCUUAGGAUUAUUAAGAAUGGUGAAACGCAUUCACCAAUAUAUUACAAACGAUAUGAUGAAAAUGAGGAAGAAGGAAACCCUGAUCCAAAGGUCUGGAAACUCUACAACAACUCUAAUAGCACAUCAUUACAAGAUUUAUUGGAUGAUAGGAACCUAGGCCGAAACAAUGUCUUUCCCUUAUAUCUUGAUCAGCCCACAAAACAUUUUGAAUCUACUUCUAAUAUUGCAAAGAGUAUAAACGUACAACUUGCUGGAUCACCCUCUCGGCUCCCUGGAAGUGAUUAUAUCGUUGCCGAGUAUAAGCUUAAUGGUCAAGGAGAGACUAGAUUCUCCAGAGUAAUGCUUGAUAAAGAUAAGGUAAAUGGCAUUGAGAUUCCCGCAGAUGCAAUUACUAAUAUCAGGUUAUACUCGUCCUCAAUCAAUGACAGCAAGGUGCCCGUUAUGGUUGAGUUUGUUGGCCCAAAUGGAGGAAAUUCCAAGUGGUUCCAUACUCAAGGUGCAAAUGGUACUCAAUGGGGAGAGGAUGCUGGGUCUAGUGGAUUCUACACUGGUAAAGGUAAUCUUUUAUCUCAACUCACAGAGCAGUUCACUAAGAGAUUAGACGGAUUCGUUUGUGAGCACCAUAAUGGUGUUACAAUAGAUCUAUCACAUGGUGUUUCCACAGGAAAUGAAAGGCAAUACUGUUGCGAAGAACAUGGAGGUAAGAAGGGUGGAAAAGUCAGUGUUAAAACCGAAAAUAUAGCAUUGAAUACUGCUCCAGGAAAUUUUAUUACGGUAUAUAAACAUCAUGUUGAGGAAGGACAUAAGAUAGCUGAUAUAAAAUUCUACCAAGAUGAUAAUGACAGCAAAAGAAGACGUAUAUGGUCAAAUAAAUUACGCCUUCCAAUUCCUGGUCCAGUUGACAUCUACACCUUUUACUCUGGUAAUAAUCCGGAGCUUAUAUAUGUGUAUGGUGCUGGAGGAAAAUCUCCUGUUAAGGGAUGGUUUAGGAGAGAUAGUUCUGGUUAUGGAGCUACAUGGAAAAGGACUUAUAAAAAACUCCGGGGUAUUAGAAAGGAUGAAAUAGACAGGAAACAACUCAACUGUCAACAAUGGACUGCCCUUGCAGAAGUACUAAAGAAACGUGGCACAGACUUACCAGGAUGUACUCCGGAGACCGCUCAACCAUCAACAGUAGCACGUGCUGAAGAUCCCGCUGGAGAACUAGGACUAGAACCAGAGGACGAAGAGGAAGAUGGUAGUGGAGAUGAACAAUCUUCUGAUGACUCUGAUUCUGCUCGUGUCAAUAGUGCUCCUGGUAAAGAUGGACCUAAACCUGAUGUUGCUGGUGAAUCUGGUGCUAAUGCCGGAGGUGGAGGUGCUAGCCGUAGUAGUGAUGAUGGAACUACUACUUCUGAAACCACUACUCCUACUUCCUCUGCUACUAAUGCUGUUCACUCUGCUGCUAUUUCUUCUACUGCUUCUGGAGUAUCUACUCCUCAACCUCCUGAAAAGCUUUUUGCUGAAACUACUCUUGGUCUAGGAGUAAUCGUUUCUUCUGUUUUUGGUGGAUCCGGAUUAACUGGUUUCUUGGGAUAUAAGGGUUAUAGCCUAUACAAGAACUUUAAAGGAGAUCCUUGGGUUAGACAGAUAUAG